GCAGCACAGUGAAAUGGUUGGAUCGUCCUGACGAGGAUCAGAGAGAGGUCACUGUGAGGAUGGAACCACCAAAAGCAGCAUAUGUUGUUGGGAUUCUUGUCCUUUUCUGCUGCUUUUUACAACAACAGGAAUACACAGAGCCUGUGAAGUCCUUAUUUGAGAAACUGAUGAGUAAGAAUCCCUUCAGUGCCCAUGGAAGAGAAAAAAGAGAAACCAACCAAACCAGCAUUGACUAUAACAUUGAAGUAUAUUUAAGCCUGUCUGACCUGGAACAUUUUAGAAGGAUUCUCAGCAACAUCAGCAUUCCUGUUUCGAUCAACGACACAGGGGUAGUCACCAACAUUAAUGUAACAACAGAGUGCUCUUCUAAUUUGACUGAAUAUCAGUGCACAUGUAACAACAACUAUGCCUGGUCUUAUAACCAAUGCAUCAGUUAUGGAGCCUGUGAUGCCAUCAUCGGGGAUAAGUGUGGAUGCAUUAAAGCCCUUCCCACAGAUCAGUUCUGCCAGCUUAAUACAACUCAGACAGUGAUGUCAACGACUCCUGGCCUGACAACAACACCUCCAGUUCCAGUUUACAUCGAUGUGGACAUAGACUUGCGCUUCUCAGCCCCCAUCUUGUCCUCAAACAUCAUUGAUGAAGUCAAAAGGAGGCUGGGAGUUGUUGCAUUCCCAUAUUCGAUUUCACCACUUUUAGAAAUAUUAAACUUUAACAUCACAACAGGAUGCAAUAACACACAGUGUCAGUGUGGGGAUCAAUUUGCUUGGUCAUGUGACAAGUGCCAAUUAUACGGUGCAUGCGACAACAUCAGUGGAACAACCUGCAGCUGUAUCAAUGCAAUACCUGAAGGAGAGUUCUGUGAACCAAUCUCGAAUGUCCCUUCAUGCUCAACACCACCUCCAGUGACAACUGCAGAGCUGCCUUCAACAACGCUUUCAACUUUAGGGACACCCAUCACCGUUACGACGGCACCACCUACCACAGCUACAACAGAGCCAUCCACAACAGAGCCAUCCACAACAGUUACGACGGCACCACCUACCACAGCUACGGCAAAACCAUCCACCACAGUUUCGACGUCACCAUCCACCACAGUUGCGGCAACACCAUCUACCUCAGUUACGGCAACACCAUCCGCCACAGUUACGUCAACACCAUCCGCCACAGUCAAGGCAACACCAUCCACCACAGUUACAACGGCACCAUCCACCACAGUUACAACGGCACCAUCCACCACAGUUACAACGGCACCAUCCACCACAGUUACAAGGACGACCUUAAAGUUUACCAUGGAUUUGGAAUACAAAGAAGAAUACAAUGCACAAUCCAACACAGUUUACCAAACAAUUUUUGAUACCAUUGGAACUUCUUGUAGGACGAUCGUCAACACUUGCAGUGUAGACAGUCUAACUUUUUCAUCUGGAAGUACGGUUGCUACCUUCACUAUAAGUGCUGCAUCUAUAAACAGUAGUCAGAUUCAACAAAUUAAUGAUGGCAUCAUUAAUGGAGUUUUAACAAAGUAUCCUAUCAUUAUUGACGGCGACUCUUUACAAUUCUCAACUAAUAAAACCAUUGUCGGAACCCCUGUGGACAUUACAUGUCAACGUCCAGAUCAAAGUCUUAAUUUUGGUCAAAUUGAGGCUGUGACCUGGACAAUUGAUGGUGCAGCCCUCAAUGCUGAAACAACUCCAGGUACCCUAAAUAACGGUACCUCCAAAUUAACUGGCUUCAGGUUCUCUCAGACUGGACAAGUACCUUGUGUGUGUCUGCUGCGAGUGGGAAAUAAGAUUUUGCGACGAAAAGGAACAAUUGAUAUCAUGCCAAAACCGGAGAUUAAAGUAACUACAUUAAGAGAUGUUGUGCUUUGUGGGACACAGGCAGUAACGUUGACAUGCUCUGUCCAAUCCCCCUACAAAGUCAAGUUUGAGAACAGUGAAACAGCUGGUCAAACAGUCCAGUACACAUAUCCAGUUACUAGCUGUGUAGAUGGAACUACUCAAAGUUUUAAGUGUCAGUGGGUACCCGAAUCAUAUGGCAAAGACCUCCAAUAUAGCCAAGCUGCUACCCUGAGGUUUGCAAAUCAGAUUUUGUGCAGCAAUACAACAUUUGGUGAUGGACCACUUGGUUACAUUGGAAGAGCAGAUUGUGACAAAGACAAAACGGGAGAGAUAACAGCUGAAUGUAUGGCAAAUGCUAAAUAUGAGAAUGUUCAAGACAGAUGUGUCCUGAAAGAAAUUCAAAACCUGCUUGAUCUGUCUGUGAAUCUGACUCCUGUUGACCUGCCACCAUUCUUGAAAAAACUGAGUGAUGUAACUAAAAACACCUCAGCGGAAAUUAAUCAAUCUCCUGCCACUAUUGGAGCUGUUGUAAAGAUUUUAGACAAUGUAGCAAAUGUGAACACAAAAGUAGACCAACUUUCAAUGACGUUUGUCCUGGAAACAGCUGGAAUUCUAACCAGGGAUGACUCAAAGAACUCGUGGAAUUUUCUGAACAACAAUGACACAAAGACAGUUACAAACACUACUAGCUUAGCAACCAGUAACAGCCGAAGCUCUUUAUUCCUGGAUUCUCUGGAGAGAUUAUCUGGAAGUCUUUCAAAUAACAGCUUUGUCAUAAAUGUUCCUUCAGUUCUUUUGAACAAAACUACAUUUACAAAUAAUUUUAAUUUUGACUUCAAUUCAUCUGUGGCAGUGGACAUACCACAGUCAGUAGGAGGCAACAAAUCUUUAACAGUAAUUGUGUUUUCUUCAAUGGACAAUGUGCUUCCUCCAAGAGACCAAGCCAAUUCAUCGGUUAAUCUCAUCAACGGACAAGUUACACUUAUACGGUCCAGCGGCAAAAUCAAUAAUAUCUCCUUAACAUUCGACGUACUGAAUGACACCUUGUCCAGCCCAAAAUGUGUUUAUUGGAACUUCAGCCUUUUCAAUGGUCUUGGAGGAUGGGACACUGAAGGAUGUUUCUUGGUGUAUAACGAAAAUGGCACCGUCAGCUGCAGCUGCAACCAUCUUACCUCGUUUUCUAUCCUCAUGUCACCCUUUGCACCAGAUAUUCCAGAAUUAGCCUACAUAACCUAUGUUGGUAUUGCCUUAUCAAUGAUUUCAUUAGUCAUCUGUCUCAUCAUUGAAGCCAUCAUAUGGCAUAGAGUAAGAAAAAACAGCACAUCUUGGUUGCGGCAUGUCUCCAUUUUAAACAUCGCCUUGUCUCUACUGAUUGCAGACAUUUGGUUUAUUAUUGCGGCAAACAUUUCAGAUCCUGGGAGACAAAAUGCACCAGCAUGCACUGCAGCUACUUUCUUCAUCCAUUUUUUCUACCUUGCCAUGUUCUUCUGGAUGUUGUCUUCAGCUUUGCUGUUGGUCUACCGCACAUUGAGCGUCUUUGGUGGUCUCUCUGACCUGGCAUUGUUAGGUAUUGGAUUCGCUCUGGGAUACGGCGCACCUCUCAUUAUUGCAUCAAUAACAAUUGCUAUCACUGCUGGACCAAAACAAUAUAUCCAGAAAGAAGUCUGCUGGCUUAACUGGUUUGAAUCCAAAGCUCUACUGGCAUUUGUGAUCCCUGCACUGUCAAUAGUGUGUAUAAACCUGAUAAUCCUAGCUGUAAUACUUUACAAAAUAUUGAGGAGAAGGGUAGGAUCAAACAGCACGCAAGAGGGAGAGAAACAUGUGCUAAUGGUCAUUGCCAAGAGUUUAGCUGUGCUCACUCCAAUCUUUGGAUUAACUUGGGGUUUGGGAAUUGGAACCAUGGUUGACCCAAGAAAUAAAGGAGUCCAUAUAGCAUUUGCCUUCUUCAACUCUUUGCAGGGGUUUUUCAUCUUGGUGUUUGGAGUACUACUAGACAAAAAGGUUUUGCAAGACUUAAGAGCAACCUCACAAAGCAUAUUCAGUGGAACAAAGAGCACCAGUGGAGGAAACUCUUCCAGUAUUUUUGGAUUUCUAAAGAGAAAUGGAAGAGGGGGUGGUAUUUCCAACAGUGGAUCCAGUACUGGUCAUUCAUUCGGCAACACAUGAGGAAGUAUGGCGGACCCUGGGAUUUAUAUUCCUGUCCAAUUAGGAUAUCUGCACUCUAUCGACUGCAUUGUAAUAUUUUGUAAGAUGACUCCCUUUCUUUUUCAAAACGUAAAAGAUCCAUGCUGAUUAGAAAAUAUAUUUAGUUUGAUAUGUUACUACAUUUUUUACAGAUAAUUUUAAAUAAAAUGUUAACCUUUACAGCACUUUGUAAUUUAAAACAUAGAAAGAUGUAGGCUUCUUUGUGUAAUAGAAAUAACGCAGUGAAAAGAAAUCGGGUCAAGUUCUUUUUCAUACACAUUACUUCAAAAAACAAAUUCGAAUACAACACCUUAUAAAACUAGCCCUAUAAAAAAGUGUAUCAGGAAAAGAAAAGGUCACUUGAAUAUAAUAUUGAAUAUAAUAAUGCUUCAUUUUAGUAUUAGGACAUUCGUGUACUAUUUGGUGUGCAGCAUGGCUGUUAUACGUCACUGUUUUCAGAAAUCUUUUAGCUUCUUGUAAUAAUUAUUUGCCUCGAGAUAGCUGGAACUUGCUUUGCUGAUUGACAGUCUUGUUGAACUAAAGAGCACCUUAACAAAAGAGUUUUGUUUUCUUAGCUAUUAAAGUAGUACAACCGGUGCAAGCUUUCUUUUUCACUGCGUCAAGUCACACCAGACCAAUACUGCUUUGGCAAAUCAUGAAGACGCUGCAUGUGAUUACCAUAAGAGGGCAAUUUUUCACUUCCCAGAGGCUGAUGACCAAAGCAGUAGACUUUUGGUUUAACCAAGUCAGUUCUCAUCCUUUCUUGUGUUUAACAGCAUUAUAUAACAGUAGUAAAAAAAACUCAAUAACAAAAUGUUUUAAAGAUUUUUACUCCUCCAAAGCUAAUUCUAUCAUGAAAAGUCCUAACUGAGGGCGAGUUUCUAUCUGAACUUUCUAGUUAACAUGAGACAAAUCAAAUGACACAUUCAGUUAGUUGCUUUAUCUCUUCACAUACAGCAUGCAGUGUAUCCUCAACUUAAAAUGGUUUAGUGAAUACCUAAGACAAAACCAACUGAAAAAAAUAAACCUGAAUAGGUUUGAUUGGUGUUUUAUUGGAACAUCUGUGCCAUUAUGGAUGGCUUUAGAAUGCAGAAACUAAAAAAAGGAUAAGCCACAAGCCUCUGCACUUGUGAUUUUCAACUAAAACCAAACAUGAUUAUUCAGCUAAAAUGAGGAAGAAGAUGAACGGGAGUCUCAAUUCUUGUUGUCAUACCUGUAAAAGUAAAUAAUCAUAUAUACUACAAAUUAAGAACCAAAAGUUGAUUUAAAAUGUUUUAGUCUCCAAUUGCUUGAUUUUUUUUUUCUUUUUAUGUGCAGCCAUAGUUUGAACUGAAGUUUUGAGGUCACAUAUUUACAUAUUUACAUAUUUAUUUUAAAGAGUUCAUAAGUUGAUAGCCAUAAAGUUUUACUUGCUUUGGCCCAAACACAUAGUUUGUUUUGCACUUUUAUUGUUCAGUCAAACUUGGAUUAAAAUGAAGGAACUCUGAAUCAUGAUGAUGGUGUGUAACACACAAAAUAAAAAACAUUGAUUUAAUCAAUCAUAAAUAGUCUACACUUUUUCUUAGGCUUUUGGCACUUUUCAUUGUUAAGCCCUGAGGUCAAAGACUUUACAUGCUUUUUGUGUAUAAAUAUAUAAUAAAAUGUCUAUUAUGAAACUUUAAUGCUCUGUUGAAGUGUAAUUUUUUGUUUUUUUGUGUUUGAAGAAAGUGUGUUUUGUUACACAUUCCAUCACAAUUUUGUUUAAGAAAAUGUCUCACAUGAAUAAAUCUACUCAUUUUUGGUCAA